AUGGACCCCUGGCAACGCAACCUCCGCAUGAUGCACCAUCUCAACGAAUUUCUCGAUCUCGACUCGGCCAAAUCCAACGUCGUCGAUGAAUUCGUUUCCCUCUUCAACGCCAUCCGAGAAGGUCUCACGCACAUCGACGACGAUUUCCAGAUCCCCGAUUCGCAAAUCAACAUGCUCUUCCUGUCGAAAUUGAAAUCGCGACCGGAAUGGGCUGAUUGGGCGACGGCUUUGCUGCGCGAUCCGCAGGUAAAUGGUUCUGACUCGACGGCGCGGAUCUCGUUUCAGGAAUUGGCCCGCUGGGCUAGAGAGGAGGAGAAGGCGAUUCGGGUGCGAGAGGAGGGGGAAGAAGAAGAAGAAGAGGAGGAGGAGGAGGACGAUCAUGACUCGGGGAUUGAGCUACCGAGCAGAUCUCGGGCGCUUACGCAGGAUGAGAUCAACGCAUUUGUCGUCCAGAAAAUGGACCAGGAAGGGCUCUACAGAAGCGGGAGUACCAGAGGUCACCGCAAACGACCUAGUCAAGAGGAAAUCAAUCAAUACGUGGUUGAGCAGAUGCACAGAGAACAAGAUCGGGGAACGCGAGCGCGAAGCUACAGCCAGCCAGAGCCAAGGAUCGCAAAUCGUCACCACCAAGAACAACACAUGCGACGUCAGCAGUCGGCACGAGUCCCUCGUUGCAGGUUCUGCAGUGAUCUCCAUCCGUCGGAUCGUUGUUGGCGUCGCUGGAGAGUUGCUGUCGAGGCACCCCAGGCUAACUUCUUUCCCAAGCGAGUGGAAUACCGUACUGAGGUUCCUGGUCAACCGCCCAUGUAUCGCACUGGGUUUACUCUCUACUGA